GUAAGACUGCAUUGCUGAAACACAUGCUCCUUUAAUGCAUUCGUUAUGAAUGUUUUCUGGGCGGAAACAGUUAAACACCAUAACGAGCAGGAGUGUAAGGGGGGGGGGGCUGGCUUUAAACACGCAGUGUGCCAGGGGCAGGCAGCGUACACACGCAGACUACUUGUACAGUACAUUGAUGGAGCCGCGAAUGUGUGCCAGUCCGGCAGAGCCCCUGUGAGGAAGCGACGUACGCCGCGCUGAACAUACCGAACCGACGCUGCGUAAUUCCCACCGCGGGACCAUGGCGAGGCUGUCCGCGGCGUGUGUUCUGUAGAGCAGCCUGCACUGGAGCCGGAGGACGCUGAAUUCCCGAACUGAAGGAAUGUGCCAUUUCAUUGACACGGUCUAGCAAAGUAACAUUAGGAGGUCAGCUCACAUGCAUGAAUGCUCCGCCGCGAAGUUUACGCACUGAAUUGGCGUUUUCCUCGCCGUUAUGAAGGUUUUGACUUGAAUGAAUGACGCCACCGCCGCAGCUUCACAGGCUCCGUAGGCAGAUGUAGGCUAUUUCAAGGCUUCGGACGAACUGUGAAUGUACAAUUAUUGAAGCAUCUUCGUAAAGCGAGGCUUUGUCCAGAUAGAGCAUUUGGAAACCUAUGUUUUUUUUGUCUUUCGUUUUUUGUUGGACUGUGGAUGUGAGUCUACAGCGCAUCAGUUGAAACCCAGAAGACGGCAACCGCGCUGGACGCUGGGAGGGAGCAGCAUAACCGGGAGAUCCAGUUUAAAUGGGGAGAAACAUGUGAAGACCCUUGUGAAGAUUUGACCUGCAAGUUAGCCUUCGACAACAAAAAGGCCGAGGUCUCCUCCCGUCUUCCUGUCAUCCAUCCUCUCUGCUUCCUCUGCAGUUCCCUUGCAGGCCCGUUAAACAUGGCGGGCUGGCGGGCUAUGCGCAGGCCUUCACCUGACCCUAAAGAAGUAGCUAUAUCUGUUCUGCUGGGCUUUUGGCUUUUAGUAAUCCCUGCGUUGUGCAGUGGGCAGACAUUCAGUAGUUUCCACCCUGAACGUCGGGACUGGGUCUUUAACCACCUGACGGUUCACCAAACCACAGGGGCUUUGUAUAUUGGAGCAGUCAACCGUGUGUACAAGCUCUCAGGCAACCUGACCCUCCUCGUUUCCCAUGAUACAGGCCCAGAAGAUGACAACAAGGCCUGCUAUCCCCCUCUGAUUGUCCAACCCUGUACUGAGCCCCUUGUCUCUACCAACAAUGUCAACAAGCUUCUCCUCAUUGAUUACUCCCAGAAUCGGUUGCUGGCCUGUGGCAGCCUCUACCAAGGCGUUUGCAAACUCCUCAGAUUGGAUGACCUUUUUAUCUUAGUGGAGCCCUCCCACAAGAAAGAGCACUACCUCUCCAGUGUCAACCAGACCGGGACCAUGUACGGGGUCAUUGUGCCUUCACAGGGCCAGGAUGGCACCCUGUUUAUCGGCACAGCAGUGGAUGGAAAACAGGACUACUUUCCUACCAUCUCCAGUCGAAAGCUGCCCCGUGACCCAGAAUCUUCUGCCAUGCUUGACUACGAAUUGCACACUGACUUUGUGUCCUCCCUCAUCAAGAUCCCAUCCGACACGCUGGCACUGGUCUCCCACUUUGACAUCUACUAUGUUUACGGCUUCGCUAGCGGCAGCUUUGUUUACUUCCUGACUGUGCAGCCCGAGACGCCAGAGAACAGCAUGUCGUCGAGCGGAUCCACAAGUGACCUCUUCUACACGUCUCGCAUCGUCCGCCUCUGCAAAGAUGAUCGCAAGUUUCACUCCUAUGUCUCGCUGCCCAUCGGCUGUGUGAAGAACGGCGUCGAGUACCGGCUGCUGCAGGCCGCCUACCUGGGAAAGCCGGGCCGCUUUCUCGCUGCCUCGCUCAACAUCAGCGCCCAAGAUGACGUGCUCUUCACCAUCUUCUCCAAGGGCCAGAAGCAGUUCCAUCGUCCGCCGGAUGACUCGGCGCUCUGCGUCUUCACCAUCCGAGACAUCAAUGCGCGAAUCAAAGAGCGCCUGCAGUCCUGCUACCAGGGAGAAGGAAACCUUGAGCUCAACUGGCUGCUGGGGAAAGAUGUGCAGUGCACCAAAGCACCGGUGCCCAUUGACGACUCUUUCUGUGGUCUGGACAUCAACCAGCCACUUGGCGGUUCUCAGCUGGUGACCGGUCACACUCUCUACACCGAGACACGCGACCGCAUGACUUCUGUCACCUCCUAUGUCUACAAUGGCUACUGUGUAGCCUUUGUGGGCACCAAGAGUGGACGCCUAAAGAAGAUUCGCGUCGACGGGCCUCCUCACGGCGGUGUCCAGUACGAGAUGAUAUCGGUCAUCAAGGACGGCAGCCCUGUCCUGCGAGAUAUGGCCUUCUCUCUCGACCGCAACUACCUCUACGUCAUGUCGGAGAGACAGGUAACCCAAGUCCCGAUCGAGUCAUGCGAGCAGUACGGGACCUGUGGCGAGUGUUUGAGCUCCGGGGACCCACACUGCGGUUGGUGUGUCCUGCAUAAUAUCUGCUCUCAGAAGAACCGGUGUGAGCGGGCAGAUGAGCCGUACCGCUUCGCUGCCUCUCUCAACCAGUGUGUGAAGGCCAGUGUGUACCCAGACAGCAUUGCGGUGUCAGAGCCCAGCGUACCUCUGCUGGUGAAGGUGAGCCACGUUCCGGACCUUUCUGCGGGCAUCACCUGCUCCUUCGGCAACCUGACGGAGGUGGAGGGGCAGGUCAAUGGCAACCAGAUACUCUGUGUGUCUCCUGCUGCCAAGGACGUCCCCCUCAUCCCAACCGACCAAGAUUGGUCAGGCGUCGAGCUGAGGCUUAACUCUAAGGAGACUGGUCAGAUGCUUAUCAGCACAGAGGUCAAAUUCUACAACUGCAGCGUCCACCAACUGUGUCUGUCAUGUGUGAACAGUGCCUUCCGCUGCCACUGGUGCAAGUACCGCAACUUGUGUACCCAUGACCCCUCCAGCUGUUCCUUCCAGGAGGGACGAGUCAACGCCUCAGAGGACUGUCCACAGCUGGUGCGCUCUGAGGAGAUUCUGAUCCCAGCGGGGGAGGUGAAGCCUAUCACCCUGAAGGCCAGGAACCUGCCCCAGCCCCAGUCCGGCCAGCGAGGCUACGAGUGCGUCCUCCACAUCCAGGGUGUCAGCCACAGAGUCACCGCCCUCCGCUUCAACAGCUCCAGCGUGCAGUGCCAGAACAGUUCGUAUCUGUACGAGGGAAUGAAAAUCAGUGAGCUGCCUGUGGAUUUCUCGGUGGUGUGGAACGGCAACUUCAUUAUCGAUAACCCGGAGAAUAUCCAAGUGCACCUGUACAAGUGUGCAGCCCAGCGGGACAGUUGUGGCACAUGUCUGAAGGCAGAGAGGAAGUUCCAGUGCGGCUGGUGCAGUGGAGAGGGGAGGUGUACCCUGCUGCACCACUGCCCUCCCAUCAAUCCUUACACCACCCGCUGGCUAAACCUGUCCAGUAAGAAUGUCAAGUGCACCAACCCACGCAUCACUGAGGUGACGCCAGUAGCUGGACCUCCAGAGGGAGGCACACGGGUGACCAUCCAUGGCAUGAACCUCGGUCUGGCCUUCUCUGACAUGGUCGAAAACGUGGAGGUGGCGGGGGUGAGGUGUACCCCUGUAGAGGAAGGCUACAUCAUCGCUGAACAGAUUGUAUGUGAGAUGGAUGCAGCUCCUGUCGACAGUAGACCAGGUCCAGUCCAGCUGUGCGUUGCAGAGUGCAGACCAGAGCUCAGGGCUCGCUCCUCGCAACUCUACUCCUUUGUGACUCCCACAGUCACAGGUCUGUCCCCGAGCAGAGGUCCAGAGUCUGGGGGCACCAAAGUAACCAUAAUGGGAGAAAACCUUGGCGCCGGCAGCAGUGUCAGCGUUCAGUUUGGAAACCAGACAUGCGAGUACUUUGGACGGACCAUGACGGAGAUAGUGUGCUACUCUGCCCCUUCCCUGUCCGGGGUCGGCCAAGUGCAGAUCAGCGUGAGCGUGGACCGCGCUCAAAUCCGGGAGAGCCUCACCUUCGAGUACAUAGAAGACCCCACCGUCCAGCGCAUCGAACCAGACUGGAGUAUUGCAAGUGGCCACACCCCCCUGAUGGUGACGGGGACCAAUCUGGACGUGGUUCAGGAGCCCAGGAUCCGAGUCAAAUACGCCGGCCGAGAGUCCGUCAAUGUGUGUAAAGUAAUAAACACCACCUGUAUGAGUUGCUUCGCCCCCUCCCUGAUGGCAGAGUACAAUCCAGGUUUGGAUACAGUAAAGCACGCAGACGAGUUUGGGUUCAUCUUUAACAACGUCCAGGCGCUGCUGGUCUACAACAACACCAACCUCCUCUACUACCCAAACCCUUACUUUGAGCCCCUCAGCGCCAACGGUGUGCUGGAGCAAAAACCUGGCUCCCCCAUCAUCCUCAAGGGCAGGAACCUGGUUCCCCCAGCUUCAGGAGGGGUGAAGCUUAACUACACUGUGCUGAUUGGUGAGACUCCCUGCUCUGUCACUGUGUCUGAGAACCAGCUGCUGUGCGAGCCGCCCAACCUCACCGGACAAUAUAAAGUGAUGGUUCAGGUAGGUGGUCUCCACGUCUCUCCUGGUGCGGUCCACAUCAUGUCUGACAGCCUGCUGACCCUACCGGCCAUCGUCAGCAUCGCCGCCGGCGGGGGCCUCCUCCUCAUCAUCGUCAUCCUCGUCCUCAUCGCAUACAAGCGAAAGUCACGCGAAAAUGACCUCACUCUGAAGCGCUUGCAGAUGCAAAUGGACAAUCUGGAGUCACGAGUUGCUCUAGAGUGCAAAGAAGCCUUUGCCGAGCUGCAAACAGACAUCAAUGAGCUAACCAGUGACCUGGACAGAGCUGGUAUCCCCCAUCUGGACUACAGGACAUACGCUAUGAGGGUCCUCUUCCCCGGCAUAGAGGAUCAUCCUGUCCUCAGAGAACUGGAGGUGUCGGGGAACGGCCAGCAGAAUGUGGAGAAGGCCCUGAAGCUGUUUGGUCAGCUCAUCAACAACAAGGUGUUCCUGCUCACCUUCAUCCGAACACUGGAAAUGCAGCGCUCGUUCUCCAUGAGGGACCGCGGCAACGUGGCCUCACUUAUCAUGACGGCCCUGCAGGGGCGGCUGGAGUACGCCACCGACGUCCUCAAACACCUGCUGUCGGACCUCAUUGACCGCAACCUGGAGAGCAAGAACCACCCCAAACUGCUGCUGCGCAGAACAGAGUCGGUUGCAGAGAAGAUGCUUACAAACUGGUUCGCCUUCCUCCUUCACAAAUUCCUCAAGGAGUGUGCGGGGGAGCCUCUCUUCAUGCUGUACUGCGCCAUCAAGCAGCAGAUGGAAAAGGGGCCCAUCGAUGCUAUCACUGGAGAGGCCCGCUACUCCCUUAGUGAAGACAAGCUCAUCCGCCAGCAGAUCGAGUACAAAACCUUGAUCUUAAACUGUGUGAACCCAGACAAUGAGAACAGUCCAGAGAUUCCAGUAAAGGUGCUCAACUGUGACACCAUCACCCAAGUGAAGGAGAAGAUACUGGACGCUGUUUACAAGAACAUGCCCUAUUCUCAGCGGCCACGUGCUGUCGACAUGGACCUCGAGUGGCGCCAGGGGCGAAUGGCUCGUGUGGUGUUGCAGGACGAAGACAUCACCACCAAGAUAGAAAAUGACUGGAAGAGACUCAACACUCUCAUGCACUAUCAGGUGUCAGACCGCUGCGUUGUGGCUUUGGUGCCCAAACAGACCUCAUCAUACAACAUCCCCUCCUCAGCCAGCAUAUCCCGCUCCUCCAUCAGCAGAUAUGACUCUUCAUUCCGCUACACAGGCAGUCCCGACAGCCUCCGUUCACGUGCUCCUAUGAUCACCCCUGACCUAGAAAGUGGUGUGAAGGUGUGGCACCUGGUGAAGAACCACGAACACGGCGACCAGAAGGAAGGAGACCGCGGUAGCAAGAUGGUCUCUGAGAUUUAUCUGACCAGGCUGCUAGCUACCAAGGGUACCCUACAAAAAUUUGUUGACGACCUAUUUGAGACGUUGUUCAGUACAGUUCACCGAGGAAGCACGCUUCCCCUCGCCAUCAAAUACAUGUUUGACUUCCUGGAUGAGCAGGCAGACAAACAUGACAUACAUGACACAGACGUGCGUCACACGUGGAAAAGCAACUGCCUUCCAUUGCGCUUCUGGGUGAACGUGAUCAAGAACCCGCAGUUCGUGUUUGACAUCCAUAAGAGCAGCAUCACGGAUGCCUGUCUGUCCGUGGUAGCUCAGACCUUCAUGGAUUCUUGCUCCACUUCAGAGCACCGUCUGGGCAAAGACUCCCCAUCCAAUAAGCUGCUCUACGCUAAAGAUAUCCCCAAUUACAAGAGCUGGGUAGAGAGGUACUACGCUGACAUCAACCGGCUGCCGGCCAUUAGUGACCAGGACAUGAAUGCCUAUUUGGCAGAACAGGCCCGACUCCACUCCACAGAGUUUAACAUGCUCAGCGCUCUCAAUGAGAUCUACUCUUACGUCAGCAAGUACAGUGAGGAGAUCACUGCCGCCCUGGAGCAGGAUGAACAGGCGAGGAAGCAGAGGUUGUCCUACAAGGUGGAGCAGCUGAUCUCGGCCAUGUCCCUGGAGAGCUGAGAGCGGCCGGCGCUCAAAGAGAGAGACAAGGAGCACACGCUGCGCAGGGCCCUCGCAAAGAAGGUUCCGCAUUACUUACCUCUCAUCGUGGGAGCUUCCACCACGAAACCAGACCUGGGACCUCUCUGUAUUCACGGUCGGACAGACAUACAACAGCUUUAGUUUGUAGUUCUUUCCCCUCCUUCCAUGAUGGCACCAGCUGAGGGCCCACAGACUGAGACAGAGGCCCUGCAGCUGGAGCUGAUAAUGGCUUAAGGAAGGACCAUAAGCAGAGAAGGAAUGACCAUGGCGCGUAUUUAUUCAUUGUUUUUUGUUUUGCAAAGUAUAUUUUCUCUCAGUUCGACAGGAAAUUGUGUGUGCGCGUGUGCGUGUGUGUGUGUGUGUGUGUGUGUGUUGUGUGAGUAAGACUGCAAAACCGUGAGAGCAAACUGAGGAACAGAUUUUACUCUCCACUCAGUCAGAAACUGACACCUGAGUGUAAAAUGGAGACAACAACAGAAAUAACCUACGAGAAGCAGAGGAGCAGAUCUCACGUCGGGCUGCUGAGUUUGCGUUCAGAUUUCCCAGAUUUUUUUAUUUUUUUACUUGUACAUUUGAAAACUAUCAGUUGCAGUUGAAAACAUCCGCCUCCCGGACAUCCCCGCAAGUGUCGUCGUGCAAAGACUUAAAGAGCGGGCGGUGUGGUUGUGAAACAGGCCACGGUCCACGUCUUCUCUCACUCCCUUUCCCUCCUCGGACUGAUGCUCUUCCUCCAAUCAGAAAUGUACAGGAAAACAUAAAAGACAAACAUGUGCUCAUCUUCCAAGAGUGAAUGGAUGGUCACAGGUUCAGCCAGCAUGCUUGCACCUAAACUGAGGAUGGCGGAGAGGAAGUCUGUAGUGUAUUUAGGAGAUUACCGUGAAUCAGCAUCAAUCUGGUGUCCAAGGUUGUUGUUGUUGGGGUUUUUGUUUUCAGCAGUUAGGUCAUCUGUGUAUGUACCGGUUGAUACUUGCCAAUGUGUUUAUGUGAAUGUACAAAUGUUUUUCAUUUGUUUGUCCGUUUUGUAUGUCUAUUUGAGUUUUGCAAACAGAAAAGGGGCUCAGUUGAACUGAGCUCCGUGGGUAUUUGCAGUAGCUCGUCAAGUGAACAACUCCAUUUGUCCGUCCUGGCCCAGGCCCGUCCAGCCACGUCCCAAACAUUAUUUACCCUAUAUCCCUUUUUUUCUGCUAGAGGAGAGUGUGUAUCGUCUGCAGUUAGUAGAGACCAAACAAGAGCAAUCGGUCUCUAUAAGCUAAGAAUCUCCACUAUAUAACCACAGUGUGACUCUAUUUGGGAACUUGGUCCACUUUGUGUGUACUUUUUCAUGCAUGCUAUCACACAUCUGAGUGUUCCAAGGUCCAUCUUUGAUUUUAUCAUGUGCCAAUGAGUCACUUUUAUUGACCAGCUGAUGGGAGAUUCCCCCCCGACCCCGACCACCACAACCACCCAUGUCACCCCGCACAGACAACAAGAAGCCUAGCUCCGUGUGCCAAAACAUUGUGUUUUUAAAUUGCUCGCUAAUGUGUCAAUAAUCGGUUCAUGCUUUACAGAGGGCAGCGUAGCUCUCAUACCGGAGAGUAGAGCCGGCUUAAGUUGAAGCUUAUCAAUUCUAACUGGAAUGGUUGAGUUUUGAAACUUGUGUAAAAAACAAAACAAAAAAAAAAAAAAGGUACGAAACAGAAGCGGGAGAAAAAAGAUCUGGGAAUGAGGAAGACAACUUUUUACAUUACAUGUCAUUUAGCUGUCGCUUAUAUCCAAAGCGGCUUAUAAUUGCUAUGUACCUGUAUGUCAGAGGUCGCACGCCUCUGGGGUUAAGUGUCUUGCUCAGGGACACAUCGGUUGAUGUAUCGCAGUGGGAAUCGAACCCGGGUCUCUCGCACCAAAGUGUCAUAUCCACUGCGCCGUCACCAUACAUAUGAAACACAGAGACGUCAAACAAAAACAAAGUAGGUUGCAUGGCACCUGGAUUUGUCUCCUGACUCAAACCAAAACGUCAUGAGGCUGAUGUCACCUUCCGACCUUCUAGCUGGAUGACAACAAACUGUCGAUCCGUCCUCUGGAUAGGUCCUUUAUGUUUCUUCCGGGAUAUAUUUGUUUGCUUGUUGUUUACAUCGAGUACUUGAAAAUAGGUAUUAUUAUUUUAGGUUUGCACAGUAUACUGCUAUGGUGUGUUGUUGAGAGCAUGAUAAACAGCAGCAGUGGGGUGAAAGGUGCUCCGUUUUCUCUGUGGCCUUAGAUACCCGCCUGCUUAGUGUUCCUAGUGAUCUUAUUAGUCCUCGACUCGGGCACGGUCCUUUUUAGUGCUUUGGGAGCCCAAUGGCUUCCUCUGUGAUACCCAGCGCUGGCGAGAUAAAGUAAAAGGUGAAGAGGGUACGGCUGGGCUCAGGCAGACGUUGCCUCGCUCAGCACUCGGCCGCCCGAGCUGUUUGAAGAGAGGGGGCUGAGAAAUGAGGAGAGAGGGAGUGAGAGAACCCCUUUAGCUCUAGUUUCCUGCUCUGGCUUUGAAGCCUCUCUUUGAUCUGAGUCCGUUGUGUGUGCACAGUGUGAUCAGGAGAUGGAAAGAAGAAGAAAGAAGGAGAAAAAAAAAAAUCAAACUAACAGGCAAGGAGAAGUGUAGGGUGGUGCGGUGAUUGACAUGCUAUCACUGUGUCCGGCCAGUGGGGGCACAUGUGGGAAAGGUUUGAUUUUAUAAUUUGUUCCCUCGCCUGAAAAAAAAGGCACCUUCUCGUUUUCUAACUAGAGCUGGGCAACACGGAGAAAAUCAAAUAUCAGCAUUAGGGAUGCACUGAAUCUAGAUUUUUUGGGGGAUCGCUCCAAAUACUGAAUCCUACUCGCAUCCUCAGCCCAUUAACACAGUAAACACAUCCGGUCCUUUCCUUUGCCGUACCUGAAGCUGCUGUGUUUUUUGUUGAGCGACCUCCCAAUUUGGGCGAAGCUAUAAACACGCCAGCCCCCUCCAAUCCUUUGUAGGAUUUAAGGUCUGCAGCUGUCUGUAGAUUCCUUCAUGCACAACUCAUAUUCUUUUGGAUGUUUCACAUGCAAAUGUUAAACAUCCAACAUGUGUUUUCCACACAGGUUUCUCGAGACGACCAUCAUUAACCCCAAAAAAGUCAUAUAACCAUUCCAAUGACUCCGAAGCUGUUCAGUUAAGGUUUAUUAAACAAAAAUAAACUGCGUAGUUCCCCUUUAACAGCGUUGAUGUUGUGUAUUGUUUAGGUCCUCGCCACCACUGGAUGAUGGAUGGAUGGAUGGAUGGAUAGAUAGAUAGAUAGAUAGAUAAGAUAGAUGUAGCUCGGCUUGAAUCGCCUUCUUGCGACUGAAAGUACUGCCACACAUUACUUUCUUUGUUCACCAGUUAUAUUUUCACUUUCACACAGCCUACUGCAUUGAACGCUCCACCUACGUAAACACCUUCCCAUAACCAACGGCGACGUCAUUACGUCGCCCAGCGUAGCGCGCCGAGAGCAAGCGUAGCGUUCGGUUUGGUG